CUCACAGUGGAGCCAUCUGUCUUUCUACAAUGACCAUGAAUAUGAUGAUAGCUGCCUUUUGCCUGGUCAGUUUUUCACUGACCACUGCGACCUUCACGAGGACGUCCAGUGGGUCUCGUCGGGCACGCGGUACCCGAGGGGUGCCUGGAACAGAUGGUGUGGAUGGUAGUAUUGGUCUGGUUGGCAUAACGGGUGCCACGGGUACGGACACUGGCGUCAAGGGCACAAUCGGACCAAUAGGCGCAGCGGGCCCCACCGACAAUCCUGGUGUAAAAGGGCCACCAGGGGCUCCGGGAGAUACAGGCGACACGGGCGCGCAGGGAAAUCAAGGGGGCAACGGCUUUACGGGAGACGACGGCGCAAAUGGUGACAAGGGGUACACGGGAAUCAAUGGGUAUACUGGAUAUACUGGCGACACCGGCUCCACUGGUCUCCAAGGUAACAUUGGGUAUACGGGAAAUACCGGUAACACUGGAAAUACCGGAUCUACUGGCUACACGGGCUACACGGGCUACACGGGAUACACGGGCGACACGGGCGACACGGGGGUCACAGGCCAACAAGGUGCGGUCGGCGAUACAGGAGCCACAGGCAAUACUGGUGCAGUUGGCCCAAUGGGCGCAGCUGGCGAGGAGGGUAUAGUUGGAACAGGUGGAGACGCUGGAAGCGACGGUACGAAGGGAGUAACUGGUUACACCGGCUCGACAGGGGCGACUGGCGGGACGGGCUACACCGGUUAUACUGGCUACACGGGGUAUACCGGGUCCACUGGGUCCACGGGCGACACAGGAUAUACAGGCAGCGACGGCACCAAGGGCGUCGUAGGCACCAGGGGCGUGCAGGGGGACACCGGAAUGGCUGGUAGUGACGGUGCCCGGGGCGCAACUGGAGACACCUCACCCUCGUUUCAACUUUUCUGCACUGAGAUAUAUAAAACAAGCGUUUUCGCGUCUCCGUGGGCUUUCUCACUGUGCGAUUACUACGGUUAAGGAACCCAAUGCUGGCAAUAUUUAUCAUAUUUCUUCUGUACGCUUCCUCGGAAAAUAAACAAGAUGACAAUAAAGAUAUUUUGUUUCUGAAAA